UGUAGUUGUCAUGCUGUCAUUCAGUCUGUGACCUGUUGUAYCAAUGUGUUACCUGGUUCUAUUCUUUCUCCUCUGCUCCGGAACUCUCCUGUCUAUUACGCUCAUAGACUACUACCAACACCAAAGAGAUGAGUUCCUGGACUCUGUCCACAAGAGUUUGCAGUGCAAGAGACUGAGAGAGAAACUGGUGACCAUGACUACUAUGAAACAAGUAGACAUUGGAUUGUUCUCUCAGGAGGUGAGAGAGCUGAUGGACUGUCCUUGGAGACUCAACCUCACACACAGAGAACUACACAGGACAGAGUUGUGGUCAUGCUGUAACGCGUCUGAUAGGCUGAUGGUGACCAGACAGAACACCAAUCAGAACCAGAGUCUGACCUACGAGGUAGAGAGGAUGAAGAGAAAGGUGGACCAAGCACUAUGGGAGAUGCUGCCUCAGACCGUACCCUGGAGUAAAGGUUCGUUGAGUCGUUGUGCCGUGGUGGGAAGUGGAGGAAUCCUGCAGAACAGCAGCUGUGGAGCGGAAAUAGACAAUGCUGACUAUGUCAUUAGGUUUAACCUGGCUCCUAUCAACAAGAGUUAUGACGUGGGAGUGAAGACGGACCUCAUAACAGCCAAUCCUACCCAGAUCAUUAAAGGGUACCCUGACCUCCAGCGGAACCCUGGACCCCUGGCGGAAGCCCUGUCAGUCUACGGUCAUGCCCAUCUACUUCUCCCAGCCUUCUCCUUUGCUUUUGGGACUAGCCCCUGCUUCAAGGUGUACCAUGCCCUCCGUAAGGCCCGCGCCCAACAGGAAGUGGUGUUCUUCCACCCAGACUACCUGUUUGAGCUGGGCAGGUUCUGGCGUCGUCGAGGGCAACGAGCCCCACGGCUCUCUACUGGUCUGAUGCUGGCCAGCACCGCUCUGGAGAUCUGUGAACAGGUUCAUCUGUACGGCUUCUGGCCCUUCCCUCUGGAUCUAUCCCAAAAUACUUUGCCCCAUCAUUACUAUGACAGUGUUGGUCCAAGUCACUUCAUGCACGCCAUGCCUGAAGAGUUCCUGCUGUUACUACAACUCCACAGCCAGGGGGCGCUACAGCUACAUGUUGGACCCUGUACACUGACCCCAACACCCUAACCCAUACAACCUUAGUUACCACAACUCCACAGCCAGGGGGCGCUACAGCUACAUGUUGGACCCUGUACAGGCGGAUCAUUGGGGGCCGGAACAAAAUGAUAAUAAUUUAUACAGUGAAAAUUGACCACAACUUAACCCCAAAAGAUGUUGUAUUUGAAAACAAUCAUAAUUUCAUCAAAUCAAAUUUAUUUAUAAAGCCCUUCUUACAUCAGCUGAUAUCUCAAAGUGCUGUACA